AUGACCUACACUACCAGACAAGUUGGUGCAGCAAACACCUUGGACUACAAGGUUUACCUUGAGAAGGAUGGCAAGCCAAUCUCUCCAUUCCAUGACAUUCCAUUAUACGCAGAUGAAUCAAAGAAGAUCUUGAACAUGGUUGUUGAGGUUCCAAGAUGGACUAAUGCUAAGUUGGAAAUCACCAAGGAAGAGCCUUUGAACCCAAUUAUCCAAGAUACCAAGAAGGGCAAGCUAAGAUUUGUCAGAAACUGUUUCCCACACAAGGGUUACAUCCACAACUAUGGUGCUUUCCCACAAACCUGGGAAGAUCCAAAUGUCGUCAACCCAGAAACCAAUGCAGCUGGUGACAACGAUCCUUUAGAUGUCUGUGAAAUUGGUGAAACUGUCGCAUACCCAGGUGAAGUUAAGCAAGUUAAGGUUUUGGGUGUUAUGGCUCUGCUGGAUGAAGGUGAAACUGACUGGAAGAUCAUUGCAAUUGACGUCAAUGAUCCAUUAGCAUCCAAGUUAGAAGACAUUGAAGAUGUUGAAAAGCACUUACCAGGUCUUUUAAGAGCAACCAACGAAUGGUUCAGAAUUUACAAGAUUCCAGAUGGUAAGCCAGAAAAUGUUUUCGCAUUUAAUGGUGAAUGUAAGAACAGAAAGUAUGCAGAAGAAGUCAUUGCUGAAUGUAACGAAUCUUGGAAGAAAUUGAUUGCAGGUAACGUUGCAGAUAGCAAGGGCGUUGUUUUAACCAACACUACCUUAACUGGAACUUCCUCUUACGAACCAUCCAUUCAAGUUCCUGCAGCAAACCCAUUGCCACCUGCACCAAUUGAUAAGUCUGUUGACAAGUGGUUCUACAUUUCUGGUUCUGCUUAA